AUGCAUCCGUGUAACCAGCCGUGUAACACGCGGCAUGUUACGUGUGCGUGUGUGCCGGAGACGAGUCCAUCUCCCAGUUUUCCUGCCUGUGAUGUGCACGGGUGCACGCUCCAUGGCUUUCUGAGCCUCUCCACGUUUCCGCAUGCACCAGCGGAAGCCUCCUCUACAGUCACACAACCUGCAGUCACACCUGCCGAUGCCACACCUCAUACAGUCACACCUCCUCCCAGCGACUCCUCUGACUUCAGCCUGUCCAAGAUCUUUCGCUCGCUGCCCAACCGAUUUGACGCCCCGACAGUCUACCCAGAGGAGGGGAGUGAGUGUGGUGGUGGUGGAGUGGGGAGUGUGAAGGGGAAUGGGAAGAGGAGUAGAGGGAGCGAGGGGAGGGUGAUGCUGUGCGAUGUGACUACAGGGGGGGUGAGGUUCCUAUGGAGCAACGAGAGGAGAAGUGGAAGGGGAAAGAGACAAAGUAGAGAAUGGGAAGCGGAGGAAUGCAAGAGUGGGUUGCAGGAAAGAGCAAGUCGACAAGAGGGCGAGAAGAGGGAAAAGGAAGGUUUGGGAUGUUCAGGCUCGGCAACUUUGGAGUCCGGCAGACUAGGCGCAGUACUGGACCUAGAGGACAGGCUCGGCAUGGUGCCGGACGUGCGGGGAGGUUUGUUUUGUGACGAGCCCGGGCUGGAAGCAAGGAAAGGGAAGGAGUGGGAGGGUGGGGGGGCGUGGGUGAAACAGGCAUGGCAUGGCAAUGCGAUUGGCAGAGGGCAGGAUGGCGUGGAUGAGAUUAGGGGGGAGAAGGGGAUGGUAGAGUGCGGUUCAGAGGAGAAGGAUGCACAGGGGAAUGUGUUGAAUGCAGUGCAGGGGAGUGGCAACAGGUGUGAUGCGGUGCAGGCGCAUGGGAGUGGGAUGACAGAGGAGCUGUUAACUGGGGGUUGUGUGGUGAAAGGGGGGGGUGGCGGGGCAGAGUUGAAAGAUGGGACAGAUUUGAGAGGUGGGGCAGAGGGAGGGGAGGAGAGUGCUGGGAGUAGGGCGAAGGGCGGGCGACGUGAGACGGGUGAGGGAAGGGAGAGGAGUGAGGGAGGAGAGAAGCACGCGGGAGAGAAAAAGGGCCAGGGAGGGAUGAAGCUUAGGGCAGAGGGAAAGAGCGAGGGAGAGCUAGAGACCAAGGGAGAGGAGAAGAGUGAGGGAGAGUUCAAGAGUGAGGGAGAGGAGAAGAGCAGGGGAGUGAAGUGCGGAGGGAAGGGGUCGAGGAGACCCAGAUGGAGUGCUGGCAGGAGGGGCAGUGCAGGAAAGGAAGUAUCCGAGGGGGCAGCACGGGAGACAGCAGUGGAGGCAUCAAAGAGUGCAAUGAGUCAAUGGGGAAAGGAUCCCAUUGCAAUGGUGCUUGCCUUGCAAGCGCCGAAUCUCAAGAGUCAGAUGGACGUGGGAGCUGCGCUGGGAUGGAGAGUGGUCCAGAGUGGUGUGCAGGGGAUUCGGAGAUCAGGGAUUUGUGCUGCUGACACGCCUGGGGUUGCUGAUGAUGGGACUCUUGUGACAGGCACUCAGGCUAGGGAGAACAGCAGCGAGGCAGGCAAAGAGGAUGGGAGGCAGGCAGUAGAUGUUUCUUGGAGUGAUGAUGCAGGCAAGGGUGGUGGCGAUGGAGAGGAGGAGGAGGCUGGGAGGAGAAGGAAAAGUAGGCACCACGUUGGAGGUGGCAGACGGAAUGGUGAGUGUGCUGCUGGUGAUGAUUUUUUUGGGUGGGGGAACGGUCACUCAGAGGGUAAAGAGGGGGGUAAGGAGGAAGGUAAAGAAAAGGGUAAGGAAGACGGUGAAAAUGAAUAUGGGGUGAGGUACCAGGACAGCAGGAGGCGCUGGGAAGAAGAGGAGGAAGAGUCAGAGGAGGAGGAGGAGGAGGAUGAGGAGAGAGGGAGUGGUGAGAGGGAGGAUGAUGAUUGGGUGCCUUCUAGUGCGGGCAGUGACAGGCGAGUGGGUUCUUCUGCUCGUGCCAAGGACUCAACACCGGCCUCUCGUCUCUCCACAAGUGCCUCUCGUUCCUCUGGGCGGAUCACUCCCUCGUCUGCUCAUUCCCGUUCUUCCCAAGGGUGUGUACAUAGAGUGGCUGAAACGGUUCUUGGGGGCGGGACACCCAAACGCAGGCGCACAGCAGUGCGUGCGCGCGGAGAGAAGAUUGCUGAGGCUUCUCAAUCAAGCAAGGUGCUAGAAGCGGUGCUAGAGGGUGGGAUGCCCAAGCUCGGGGCGGCAGCGGUGCGUGUGUGUGGACUAGAGGUUCGGGUGGAGGACGCAGAAAUGGUGAAGGAAGGGGAUAAGGGGGAUUGUAAGGUUGGGGUUGAUGGGGAGAAAGGGCAAGAGAAUAAGGGGGAUAAUAGGGAAGUGGACAAGGGGGAGAAGGUGGAGAAGGAGAUUGGGGGCAUGGACCAAGGGGAAAACGGGCGGAAAGAAUCAGAAAAGGGAAUGAGGGAGAACGAGAAGAAUGUGGGAGUGGUAACACGGAGCUGCGGGUUAGGGGUACGGGGCAAGAGGGGGAAGGAGGAGGGCAGGGGGAUGAUGGUGGUGGAGGAGGGUGGACAAAGGGCAGAGGCGGAUGGGCAAGACACAGGCUGGCAGCAUGUGACUGUAAAGGAUGAACAAGAAGCAGACUGGCAGGGCGUGACUGUCAAGGGCGAUCAAGAAGCAGGCAGGCAGCAUGUGACUGGAAAGGUGGCUGAGAUGAGCAGCGAGGGGCAGCGUGAGACAGACGGCGAGGGCGUGAAGAAGGCCAUUGAGUCGACUCAAAAGGCAGUCUGCGAGCGGCAGUGUGAGACAGACGGCGAGACUGUGGAGAAAUGGCUCUCCUGCGACGAGUGUGGCAAGUGGAGGAAGGUUCCCGGGAGCUACACCUAUCCGGACGACCAGUUGUGGUUCUGUGGGUUAAACCCCGACCCUGCCCGGCGGGUUUGCGCCAACCCAGAGGAAUCUGCUAGUGCUGACUCAGACAUUUCCUCGUUGCCUGGAUUCUGCCCGGUUGAGGAAGCUUUUGACAGCGGGCUGCCCACAAAUGUUUCACUAUUCGUGGAGAGGAUCAAGGGCGGGUUUCGGCGGGCUGAGUCGGAGUUGGAGUGGAGUGACGUGGAGCAAGGGGUGAGGUGGCUUGCUCGGAUUGGUCCUGGAGAAGCAGCGAGGCUGGUUGCUGAUACUGGUGGGGCUGAGGAGGAGGAGAGAGGAGGAGCAGACAAAGGACGAGGGAGAGGAGUGGCGGGAGGAAGAGGGAGAAAAGUCGAGAGGGGAGGAGGGAGACGAGUAGAAAAGGUCAACAGGGGUGGUGGCAGCAGCCGCAAGGGCAGUGAAGCAGAGGAAGGGAGGGAUGUGAGAAGAAAAGGGCUGGUUCCCCCGGGGUGUGUGGGGCGUAGUGAGUGCUGCUCGCACCUGCUCGCCUCCCUCGGGCUUGUGUUGACUGGUAGUAUUGACGGUGUGAGAGACAGCACUGGUGGGAACUCGUCUCAUGUCUCUGGUGCUGUAAUGCCAACGACAAGGGCAAGCGCUGCUGCUGCUGGUGGCUGUCUUGGCGGUGUGGGUGUGGGCGGUGUGCGAGACAACACCGGGGGAAACUCGUCUCAUGUCUCUGAUGCUGUACCAAUUGCAACCGCUGCUGCUGGGGAUCCGAUUCUUGAUGUCGAUGGCGCUGCUGCUGCUGGCGAUGUUGACGUAGGAGGAGGAGGAGGAGGAGGAAGAGCAGGCGGAGCAGGAGGAGCGGUGGGAGCGGCAGGAGCAGGAGGCACAGGAGGGAGAGGCAGGCAAAGGGCCAGCCCCUACCAGAGUGCGCGUGGUGCGUCUGGAGGGUCGUGGGUGCUGCCUCCCUCCCUCUCGCCCCACCUCACCUUUGACUUUUCUUCCUUCCGCCGCGCUCUCGCGAUUUUUGAGGGGCAUAGAGGGCCGGGAGGGCAGAGAGGGCAGGUAGGGAAGGAGGUGCAGGGGGGAGAGAAAAGGCAGAGAAAGCAGAAAGAGCAGGGAGGUGGGGUAAGGCGAAAUGGGGAUAUGUUUACAGUUAGCACUGCUACCUGUGGUAGCAGCGAUAGUGCUGCUGCUGCUGCUGCUGCUGCUGCUGCUGCUGCUGCUGCUAGUAGUGCUGACGUGGCACAUAGGGAUUACCAUUUCGUCUCGUCUGCUACUCUGAUUGUGGUCCCCACCACGCUCGUCAGCCAUUGGCUGACGCAGAUCUCCCGCCAUGUGGCACCGGGGGCUCUGCGUGUGUUUGUGUAUGACGGGCCCAAUCAGAAGGCGCCAGCUGUCCACAGCCUGGCGUGGGAUUAUGAUGUGGUGGUCACCACACAAGCAGAGUCACCCGGAUGGCCGUCUCAUGGAUGGCAGGACGGCGGUCGGCGGCCUCAGCGGGCGGCGAGGAAGCGGGUCCGGCUGGGAGUGAAGGAGAGCCGUCGGAUCGCGUCCCCGCUGCUGCGCAUCCAUUGGCUGAGAGUGAUUCUGGACGAGGGGCACACGCUGGGUGCCAGCCUGGCAGCCACGAACAAGCUGCGCAUGGCUGUGGCAUUGAGGGCUGCAAGGAGAUGGAUUCUCACAGGCACACCCACUCCCAGCACCCCCACUAGCCAGGUAGCUCACCUCUUCCCGCUGCUCUCCUUCCUGCACGAGCCCAUCUACGGCCGGCAGCAGGGCGUGUGGGAGCGGGCGGUUCAGAAGCCUUUCGAGGCAGGCAGGCCUGAGGGGAGGCAGCGACUGGUGCAGGUGUUAACUCGGUGCAUGUUCCUGGGGCAGAAGAAGGACGUGCUCUCCAUCCCGCGCUGUGACAGGAAGGUGAAGCUUCUCUCCUUCUCCCCCCAGCACGCUGCCUCCUACAACGAAUUUGUCGAGACCGUUCAGCGAAACCUGCUGCUGGCUGAUUGGAUGGACCCCUCCCACGAGGAGUCCCUCUUAAACCCUCGGAACUUGAAGCAGGCCAAGCAGACGCUCAAUAACGUGCGCCUCUCGUGCUGUGUUGCCGGGCACAUGGAAAGUUACGACCUGCCCGGGGAUAUUGACGAGACGAUGCAGCAGCUGGUGCAGGGCGGGCUGGAGCCCGGCUCGGGCAGGUUUGAGGAGAUUCGGGCAGCUUUGAAGGGAGGAUGCUGCUGUGAAAGGUGUGGGGAAUGGGUGCGUCUCCCCAUAGUCACCCCCUGCCCACACCUGCUGUGCAUCACGUGUGUGGCAACGGACAAGCACUCGUGCGCCAUGCCGGGCUGUUCGAGACGGUACCGCAUGCAGGAGCCCAAGGACAUGAAACGGCCAGAGAAUGCGAACCCUAAAUGGAGCGUGCCGCAGGAUUUGAUCGAGCUGCAGCCAUCGUAUGAGCAGGUGGGGUCCUUUUUGGCUGGACACAGCGAGCACCUCGUCUCACCCUCAUUCUCCCCUUUUCUCCCACCUUUCCUCGUUCUCCUUAUCACUCCUCGUGUGCAGAGGGAGUGGCAUCUGGAGUGGCAGGCGACAGCCAGCACCAAGGUGGACUACCUCCUCUCCCAGCUGCGCCUGCUUGCUCCCCCACCACCAUUGCGGGAUUCGGACGAGCAGCUGCUGUCACAUACAGCACAGUCACCAUCGGCAGCACAGCCAUGCAUAGCACCGCAAGCGUCAGACGAGCCACUGGCUGGUUGCACGAAAUCACUCUCAAGAAGCCCGGAAAGGGGUUAUGAUACAGCAGAGCAUGGGGACGGGGUGGCGGAUGGCUGUGCAGCCCAGGCCAUGGAAGCACAUGGUCCUGUGGCUGCUGCUGGGGGCUAUGGCGGGGAGAAGGGGGGAUACGGGGGGGAGAAAGGGGCGUAUGAAGGAGGAAAGCGGGGGUAUGGGGGAGAGAAGGCGAUAGUGUUCACGCAGUUUCUGGAGCACAUUGCACUGCUGGAGGCACAGCUCACACUCGCCGGUGUCAACUUCGCUGGCCUCUACAGCCCGCGCCCCCAAUCCGUCAAGAUGCAGGAGCUGCUGCGCUUCCAGCACGACCCGGAGUGCCGCGUGCUUCUAAUGGACGGCACGGGUUCACUCGGGCUCGACCUCUCCUUUGUGUCACGCGUCUUCCUCAUGGAGCCCGUGUGGGACCCCAGUGUGGAGGAGCAGAUGGUGUCGAGGGCGCAUCGCAUGGGCGCCUCUCGGCCAAUCACGGUGGAGACAUUGGCCAUGGCAGGCACUCUGGAAGAGCACAUGCUGCAGAUACUACAGCUCACACCUGUUCGCUCUUUUUAUCAAUCCCUCCUCAUUUACUUGGUGUAUUCUCCCGGAUCCCCCCUCUCCCCUCACCGAAUACCUGAAAGUGGACUGCAGGUGAAGCAGUGGCGGGCUAGGGAGGCAGUAUUGCGCUCUUCCAUUCUGCUCGCCCUUCCCAUCCUCCCCUGUUUCCCCUCCUCCCCUGCUUCCCCUCUUCCCCUUCCCCUCCUCCGUUGUUUCCCCUCUUCUUCACAGCGACUUCCUGACAGUGGAGCACAGGCGAAGCAGAGGCAGGCGCGAGAGGCCGUGGCACGCAAUGCCAUCCUGCUGGCGCUGAAGCUCGUCCGCACCGCCGACUCCUCCCUGCCCCUCUCUCCCUCCAACGCCACCUCCCCUGCAAAACCCCUCUCCUUCUCCCAAGCCUUCUCCUCCGCCCAUCCCCUUGUUUCCACUACCCCCCUAACAUCCCGCCAACCCCUCACUCACGCUGGCCUCUCGCUCUCCCCCUCCCUCUCCCUGCCAGCAACUUCCCUGCAGCCUCCUGCCUCUGCCAACCCUCUCAAUGCAUCCCUCCCCACAGGUGGGCAGUCAGCAGUGAAUGGGUGCUGCUUGCCUGCCCAAAGCCCAUCAGAUGCUGGUCAGCACAAGUCAAUAUUUGGGCCACGCACAUGUGAGGGAGAUGCAGUUGCUGAAGGCGCAUUUGAAACAGGUGGGGGAGGCACAGCUGGUGCCACCAGUGAGGCUGCAGGCACCAGCAUGGUUCCCCUGCUUGGCGCUGCCACAGCAGGCUGUGCAGUCAGGGCAGCAGAGGCAGGGGUAGGGGGUGUGGCAGGGCCGGUUGCUGCUCACACUUCACAUGCUCCUGCUUCUUGUGGCAGAGGGGAAGGGGAGAAUGGUGCAUAUACAAUGCAGGCAGGACAGGGAUUCAUUGCAAGGGAGAAUGGAGGCGCACCGGAGGAAGGGCAUGCAGAGGAAGGGGGGCAUCUAGAAAAGGAGCGGCAUUCAGAGGGUGGAAAGGAAAGGGAUGGUUGUCAAACAAAAGAAAGGGGGGGCAUUGCUGCCAAGGAGCUCAGGGAGGGUAGCAUUGAGGCACCAGCAGUGGAAGGAGCAGAAGGCAAGGUGAAUCGGAGACGGCGGGUGGUGCGGUUUGCAGAUGAAGGCAUGCAACCGGAGCUGCUGGCUAGGGUGCUCAGACCAGCAGCUGAAUGA